UGGAGGGCGCAAAGCCCAGGCCCGCAGCGCACGGUGCCCCGCGGAGGCGAAGGGUGAGUGGCCGCACCUUGGCCACGCGGACUGAGUUCUGGCUCCCGCAGGUCACACCUGCGGGGCAGCAGCCAUGAGCCUGGUGGCCUGCGAGUGCCCACCUGGGCCUGGGCAGGAGCCUGAGCCCUGCUCACGGGCACAGUCCCAGGCACGUGUGUACCUGGAGCAGAUUCGCACCCGAGUGGCUUCAGCAGCACCCGACGUGACCAAGCGUGACUACCUGGUGGACGCAGCCACGCAGAUCCGGCUGGCCCUGGAACGUGACGUCAGUGAGGACUACGAGGCAGCCUUCAACCACUACCAGAAUGGUGUGGACGUCCUGCUACGAGGCAUGCACGUCGACCCCAACAAGGAGCGAUGCGAGGCUGUAAAGCUGAAAAUCACCAAGUACCUGAGGCGGGCAGAGGAGAUCUUCAACUGCCACCUGCAGAGGACCCUGGGCAGCAGCACCAGCCCCGGCACGGGUUUCAGCAGCCUGAGGCUCCGGCCCAUCCGCACUCUGAGCUCUGCCCUGGAGCAGCUGAGGGGCUGCAGGGUGAUCGGGGUCAUCGAGAAAGUGCAGCUGGUUCAGGACCCAGCGACUGGAAGGACCUUCGUGGUGAAGAGCCUGUCCAGGUGUCACCUGGCGAGCCGGGAGCGGCUGACCAUCAUCCCGCAUGGCGUCCCCUACAUGACCAAGCUUCUGCGGUACUUUGUGAGUGAGGACUCCAUCUUCCUGCACCUGGAACAUGUACAAGGAGGCACGCUCUGGUCCCACCUGCUCUCCCAGGCACGCCCCCGACAGUCUGGGCUCAGGCCUGACUCCAGCCUGGAGAGGAUGAAGGCUCAGCCCAACUCCCACCUCAGCUUCUGGACCCCGACGUUGCUGCCCCCGGGCCACACCCGCCUACAGGACAGAGUCUCCCUGGGGCCUCCUUGGACUUGUCAGAGCCUUCCCCCAGCCAGGGAGGCCUCACCCAUCAGGCCCCGGAGAGAGGAAGAAAGUGAACCCUCAGCCAGAACCAGCACUUCCUGCUCGUUGGACCUUCUGAAGGCCCCAAGUGGCCGCCUGCACCUCCAGUCCCGGCGAGGACCUGGCCAGAACUCAGACACGGGGUCCCCUUGGGGGCUUAAUUGGGUUCGUGAGGGGGCUGGCCGGGUGUUGGGGGGCUGUGGCCGCGGUAGAGGUCAGAGUCACCCCUCAGUGCACAAGGCCAGCCUGGGGCCUGGCGGGGGCGCCUGGAGUGUGAGGGAAGAGCAGGUCAAGCAGUGGGCGGCCGAGAUGCUGCUGGCCCUGGAGGCGCUGCACGAGCAGGGGGUGCUGUGCCGGGACCUCAAUCCCCGGAACCUGCUCCUGGACCAGGCAGGCCACAUCCGGCUCACGUACUUUGGCCAGUGGUCUGAGGUUGAGCCCCAGUGCUGCAGGGAGGCUGUGGACGGCCUCUACAGUGCCCCAGAGGUGGGCGGGAUUGCCGAGCUCACCGAGGCCUGUGACUGGUGGAGCUUUGGGUCUCUGCUGUACGAACUACUGACUGGCACGGCCGUGUCCCAGAGCCACCCCUCAGGCAUCCAGCCCCACACCCAGCUGCAGCUGCCUGAGGAGCUCAGUGGCCCUGCAGCCUCCCUGCUGACCGAGGUGAGGUGGGCAGCUCGAGGGGUCCUCGCCUCUGUGGCUGAGGUGGGCCCCGGGAGGGCAGAGCCCCGCGUGUGCUCAGGAGUGCUGCGACGAGGUGGCCGUGCGGGUGCGGGUGGUCCCCGGUGCCUCCACGUUGGUGGUCAAACAGCACCGACGGUCCCCGGGGUAACAUGGGGCGCUAUGGCAGGGCUGGCCGGUGAGUCCCCGAGGCCAUGGCGACGAGUCCCCGGAGGGCAGCCCGUGCCUCCGCAGUGGGGCUGGGCACCGACUGGGCCUUUCUCCGCAGCUUCUGCGGUUCGACCCCAGCCAGCGCCUGGGCACUGGCGGAGGCGGAGUCAGCAGACUCAAGGCCCACCCCUUUUUCGGUACUGUCCAGUGGAGCAAACUGGUGGGGUAAGAGGGGGUGGAGUGGGCGAUGGAAGCGGCUGGACUGGCCCGGAUCUCCUCUCUCCGCCUGUCACCCAGCCAGGCCCUCUGAUCAGUGGCCCUCGGCGAAGAAUGCAGGGCAGCUGCGCUUCCUGCUCCGCCCCUCCCUCAAGCCGCUUAAGUAAUCAUCGCCAUGGCCCGGGCGGGGCAUAGGGGUCUCCUAAGCAGCUCUUGGAGAAACCCUUUCUAGUCACUGCUGAGGGGGCAGGAAGAACAGGGCGGGCCUCUACCCUGUGGGGCAGCUUGGAGCCCUCCACCCGUCCAUCCCCCAGCCACCGGCCAGCAGCACCUGUUGAGUGCACUUUGGACCUUGAAUGCAGACCCAGCCCGGAGCGGUUAGAGGGCGCCUUCUGUCACAGUAGC